AUGGGCGACCGCAGAGAGCUGUGGGAACCGCUCAUUACACAUUUACAGCCCCGCUGCUCGUUGGAAACGUUGGAGACGUUUAACCGCUUGUUGGCCGAGAGAAGUGGGAGCUUGACGGGGGCUAUUCAUGUCGGAGACCGGAUCCUGGCCAUCAACAGCGUGAGUCUGAAAGGGAAGCCGCUGAGCGAAGCCAUCCACCUGCUGCAGAUGGCUGGAGAGACCGUCACCCUCAAGAUCAAAAAACAGCUCGACAAUUUAGAUGAGAGGAAGGUCAACGAUAUCGAGGACACGACGGAAAACGAGAUCAGUGACCCAGAAGAGGACGAUUUGACGGACAGCCAGCAGACCAACAAGCUGUCGGAGCUUUACUCCACCACCAUACCCAGCGUGGACUCGGCCAUGGAGUCCUGGGACGGUUCUGGCCUGGACGCCGGCUACGGCAGCCAGGGUACGUACAGCCACCAAGCAGCCGGCAUCGCCCUGCACCCGCACGAGUGGCGGAGCGUCAAGCAGCAGCGCGGUAGCACACCUCCACCUGGACGACGAAAGAACUACCCGUUCAGCGAUGGAGGGUUCAGUGAAGACGACUGGGACAAACCGCCAGGGUUUAUCGGCCAACCACCGGAUGGAAUCCUGUUGGAUCCAGACGACAGUUUCUGGUGUCAGGCACUCGAGGACCUGGAGACCUGCGGUCAGUCUGAGCUCCUCAGAGAAAUAGAGGCGUCCAUCAUGACAGGGACGGCCAUCAGCCUGGGCGUAGACGGAGUCGGAAAGCCUCCACCCGAGCCCAUCCUGAGCCACAGCAGGAUGAGCCCGCUCCGGAGGAAUUCCCUCCACCAGGGGAACCUGCUCCAGAGUACACACCUCCAUCAGGGCAUCCACCUGCACGAGGAGGCCCAUCUACACGAAGAGGCCCAGUUCCACCAAGACGCCCACCUGCACGACGAAACCAAUUUCCACCAAGAGGCCCAUCUCCAGCAAGACGACCAAUCCCCUGUUCUGCACCACGAUCCCAAGCCCAAGGCGUCGUUGAGAGUAUCAGAGAGAACGUGGGAGUCCCGUAGGAUCAAAGAGGAAAUGCAGGGAAUUCUAUCCCCAACGCCCCUGGAGCUGCACAAAGUAACGGUGAUCAAGGACCCGGAGAGCGACGACUUCGGCUUCAGCGUGUCCGACGGCUACUUGGAGAAGGGCGUCUACGUGAACAUGAUCAGGCCCGACGGGCCGGCUGACAGAAACGGGCUCAAGCCUUUCGACAGGAUCCUGCAGGUGAACCACGUGAGGACGCGGGACUUCGACUGCUGCCUGGCCGUGCCGCUCAUCACCGAGGCCGGAGACCGACUGGAGCUGGUGAUCAGCCGCAACCCGCUGGCCAACGACGACCCCGAGGACAACAACAACUCCUUAGACCACCCGCUGGACCUGUGAAGCACAAAGAAACUCUGCGCACACACACACACACACACACACACACACACACACACACACACACACACACACACACACACACACACACACGCUGCCUCGCUCAGGCAGGAGACACCAUGACAAAAGAGUAAUUGUAAACAUAUCUACUGAGAAUCGAGGCAAUAAAUCUGAAAACGCGUCCAAACACCUGCACGGCCACAGCAUCCCCAUUUGCAUUUGAGAGUUUACAGCGUGUG